CGAUGCCCCCGACUGCCAACGCCGGUCCCACUGUCCGCUGGUAUCGAAUCGAGUUUCACGCUCCACUUCUAUCUAAGCCGCUGGUUUUCGAAGUGUUUGCUGCUCCCGCUCGCGUCUAUUGGGUGACAGUUGUUGGCUUUAAGGAUGCGGGGGCGGCGCAUGCGCCACCAGCGGUUGCCCUGGUGAUGGGCUUCGUUCAGGACUGGAUCCGCGGCCUCAAGAUUCAGGCCCUGGGCCCCCGCUUCCCGACUCGGGGCCGCAAGAGAGGCGGCGGCAGGGUCGAGGCGGUUGCCGAUGAGAGUGAGCAGCCGGUGAAAAGAGCGAGGCUCAGGUUGGGGCGAGCUACCUUUGUGAACAGUGUUAAGAGAUGCGUGUCUGGAAUUGUGAGCUUCAUAAAAACAGCCUCAGCCUUCGGUUUCAGAUCCACGUCUUUGCAAAUGGAACCUGGUUUUGUGCAGCCUUGCUCAGCUGAGCCUUUGCAACAGAUCCAUUCCUCUUCUCUGAAUGAUCUCCACUGUCGUAGUUCUUUACCACAGGCUGAUGUAACAACAGACGCUGACAAGGAAUGGCAGAGGAGAAAGAAAUGGUUUGAUCAGAAAUGGCGUGAAUUAGACACUAAGACAGAGCUGAGGAUUGACUAUGAGGGCCCAAGAGAGAGCAGCAAACAUAGGGCUCUUUGUCCAGAGCAUCACAGCCUCCCCUCAACCCCAUUGCUUGGCAGAAAGAAUGACAGAAGCCGCUGCUGUCCUGUGGAAGAGCAGAGCUGUCCUAACACUGAAAGGGAACAAUACAGAGUCCUGCUGCAACUGGUUACUGCAAAACUGAACAGAAAGACAGGAGAGCUACCGCUCGCUCCCAUGUCCAACGGGAAGCUACACAUGACAAACCAACCCGGUGUUAGGUCAAAAAUGCACCAGAAGGUGAUGGAAAAAUUAUCUGAAGGAAUAAAGAGACAAACAGUGGAACAGCAGCCAGCCUGUAAGCUGUCAGAGGAAGUUUCAUCCCGGCUGUGCCUGGAUAAGGGACAUUCAGCAGCUGCUUUUCCUGUGCCAGCUUCACACCAUUCUCAGGAAAUGGUCCACUCACCUGGAAAAAGCACACAUCUUUCUCUCUUUACUGAGGCAAUGGCUGCUGAGGUCAAGCAGGUGCUGGGCCGUGGGGACCCUGACCAGCUCCUCGCCAGUGGUUUUAAACUCAAGAUAACCCGAAAGGAUAUCUGCACUCUCUGCAACAACUGCUGGCUCAAUGAUGAGGUGAUAAACUUCUACAUGUGUCUGAUUGUGGAGCGAGGCCGGGGACCUGGCCAACUACGCGCUCAUGCCUUCAGCACCUUCUUCUACCUGAAGCUGCAGUCGGGGGGUCACCACGCCGUCCGACAGUGGACAAAAGCCACCAACCUCUUUCACCAGCACCUGAUCCUGAUGCCUGUGCAUCUGGGCAUGCACUGGUGCCUGGCG